CAGAAUGAAAUUUAAAAAGAUAUAUUUUCUUUAAACCAAAAAUUAAUUAUUAAAGAAAAAUGUAGUAAUCAAAGAAUAGAAAGGAUGUUAAAUUUUAAUAUAGUGUAAAUUAUAAUUUUAAAUAAAAAAAUAUAGUAAAUAUAAAAAAUCGGGAUCAUGGCUAAUACUGAAAUAUGUGAAAAAGAAAUUAUACAAUUGUAGUGCGCAUAAAAGCCAGAAAAUGUUCAAAGAAGACGAUGAUAACGAAGAGAACACAGCGAGUCAAGUCGCGGUCAGGUACCCCUGCAUGCCGUCUCUGGUGGCACUACAGCAGAUGCGUAACAGAUCGACCCUGGCCAGCCUUGGGCGGAAGCUGAUGAAGUGGACCUCCCUGGCCACCAGCAAGGAACUGAGGAGAUUAAGUGCUGAAAUAUCGAGAGUAUACCAGAGUUUUGAUGAUGACAUGGGCAAUGCGUUCUUGCUGCUCGCCAGGAGUCGAUACUAUUAUCCAAACUUGAAUAAAAUGGUGUUAGAAAAUAUACAGACUAAGGCCAGCGUGCUCGUGACAUCAACGGUGAAAACAUUAUCUGGCGUGAAAGUGACACAUUAUAGUACGAUAGAGGUUUUGCCGGCCCCUUACCCUUUACUAGGCAUCUCAAACGGAGGCCAAAAAAUAAAACAGGCUAAGGAUGCUUGGUUGGAUUUACUCAAAAGAAUAGUAACAAUGCUAGAUCUACGCUCGACCUUCGCUUUAAUUGAAGAUGCCCACAGAAACGCCACUAAGAAACAAAACGUUUUAGGAAAAGUAGUGGUACCAAGAACUAAAGCCAGUAUUAUAUAUAUUAACGAUGAAUUGGAGGAAAUAGCAAGAGAAGAGUUUUUUCGAUUAAAAAAAAUUUUAGAAGUCAAGCGAAGAUCAUUUAAAACUUGUGGUCACGAGGAACCAAAUAUUACAUGCCUAAUGUGUAAGAAAAAGUAUUUUAUGGAGAGAGAUAAAAUUAAGGAAGUGCCUAUAGAGAAGUGUCUAGUUUGUGAAGAUUUAUUACAACCAGAAGAUAAUUUAUCAGUGAAGAUAGAAGAAGAAAAAACGAUUGAUAAUAAGCUAUUAGAAUCAUUUAAAAACCAUGUAGAAAAUAUAGUAAAUAUGACAAAAGACAUAAAAGAUAGAGGUAUUAUUACAACUAAUAUAGAACAAUUUUUAAAAACAGCAGAGGAAUUAAGUAAAUCGUUUCAGCGUAAAUCUGAAAAUGUAAGUGCAAAUAUAGAGCCAAUAAUAUCCGAUAUACCGUUAAAUAAAUUAUGUGCAAUAUGUUUGAAAAGAUUUAAUCAAGAAUAUGCAGACAAAAAGCAGCUUUGGAUGUCUUCGGAAGAAACUACGGAAUCUAAGUCAAAACCAGAAAAAGUGCAAUCCAAAGUAUCUCCGAAAUCAGCAGUUUCUGUAACUCCACAAGAGUUAGUAUCUGAGUGUCUAUCUAAAACUCAAACUGAUUUGGAUCUAGGCACAUUUGAACUUGAAAUAAAAGAAAUUGUUAAAACAGUGAGAGUUCAAAAUGAAGAUGGUAGUAUUACUGAAGAAAAAAAAGUUAUUAAAUUUAAGAAAGAAGUUAGGGCACCAGUUAAAGCUAAAAAAAUCUUGGAGAACCAAAAUGAAGGUGAAACAGUAAUGUAUCAGUCAUCAGAAGUUUCUUCAAAAUCUAAUGAAUUUUGUGGAUGUAAAAGUUUAGAAGAUUCUGAAUCGUCAGUAUAUAGGAUUCAAACGAUGGCUUUAUUUAAAAAACAUCAAUCAGAAAUAACAACUCGAGUGAACUCAAUGAAUGAUACUAAAGAAUUUAUUUCAUCUUCUAGUACUUUGCCUCCUGAUAAUAUUUCUGACAAAUUUUUUGAUAAAGCAUAUUAUAUUGAUAACAAUGAUAUUAUUAAUUUAAAAUUGACAGAACUUUUUACUUCGAGUUCAGACAUAGAAGAAGUUUUACAGUCAUUUGAACCUCAAAACGAUAACAAUGCUUCUACAUCAAAAGGAAACACUCAUACUACAAAAUCAACGCAGGAUCUUUGUGGGUCACUGAGUAAUUUUGUAAAUGAACAAAUAAAUGAAAAUAAUCUUAAGUCCGUAUCAGAACCUGAUGUUAAAAAAAGCAAAGAAACUGCAAAAAAGAAUACAUCCUUUCAGAUAGAUAAUAAAAAGGAAGACUAAAAUUUUGCACCAA